CUACGAACUCAGACUGGAUCACAAACAAGAUUCACAACCGACUUGAAUUUCUUCUUCAUCUUCAUCUUUAUCUUCUUGAUUUCUUCUUCAAAGCGCUAUAUUCUCCAUUGCUGAACUGAGCCCUAGAUUCUUUAAUUAUCUUGCUGUAGUGUGUUCUCCGAUUCGAAGCCAUGUCCAACUCUAAAUCGCUGCCACCUGUUCGGUCCAUUGUUACCCGAUCCGUGUGGUCUAACAAUCUUGAAUCCGAGUUCGAGCUGAUCCGGUCCAUUAUACACGAGUUUCCGCUGAUUUCUAUGGACACCGAAUUUCCCGGCGUGGUUAUACAUUCAGAUCCGGCAGAUCCGAAAAUUCGGCGAACUCGACUGGAGACCAACUACUUCGUUCUAAAGGCCAAUGUUGAUCGGCUCAAAUUGAUCCAGGUUGGGCUUACGCUCGCCGACGAGGAGGGUAAUCUUCCGGAUUUGGGCACGAACAACGUCUACAUUUGGGAAUUUAAUUUUAGGGAUUUCGAUGUGGCACAUGAUCCAUACGCUGACAGUUCGAUUGUGUUGUUGAAGCGGCAGGGCAUUGAUUUUGAGUACAACCGAGACAACGGAAUCGAUUCUGUUCGUUUCGCCCAAUUGUUGAUGGGGUCAGGACUCGUGUGCAGCGAUUGUAUUUCUUGGGUGACCUUUCAUAGCGCUUACGAUUUUGGCUACCUAGUAAAGAUACUAACCCGAAGGGCUCUACCAGAAGAUUUGUUAGGUUUCCUAAAUUAUGUGAGGUUGUUCUUUGGGCCUAUGGUUUUCGACGUGAAGUACUUGAUGAAAUACUGCCCCAAUCUGCACGGCGGCCUCGACAGGGUUUGUGAAAUUCUCAAUGUGGACCGUGAAAUCGGGAAGAGUCAUCAGGCUGGCUCAGAUAGCUUGGUGACUUUGCGGGCAUUCCGGAAGAUGAGGGAAGUAUAUUUUAGCAAUACUAGUCUUGAGGUUUAUGCUGGUGUUUUGUUUGGUUUAGAGAUUCAGUCUAGCUAGACGAUUUUCGUUUCAACAGUACAUUUUGUACACAUCAUUGCCAUGAAUUCCAUAUUAGUUAGUUCAUGAACUCAGGUUGUCUCCAUGAAUGAUAAUUUGCAUUCAAAAUUGGCUGAAUUUUUUUCCCCAA